CAAACCAAGAAUCGGCUGCUGCCAGCAGCAAAGAAGCUGGCGGGGGGGCUGCGGGGCCUCACAAAGAGAAAAGAGACAAACAAAAAAGGAACACUUGAGGAGGAAGUGCUGCAGCAGCAGCAGCAGCUUUUGCUGCUGCGGCUGCACGAGCAGCGCCUCGCUGAAAACCAGCUCCUGCAGGCGCACCUGCAGCAGCAGCAGCAGCUGCAGCAGCUGCUGCAGCAGCAGCAGCAGCAGCAGCAUAUUGAUGCAACGUGGGAGCAACCCAUAGAUGAGGCUGAAGAGAAGCUGGCGAGCGCUUCAGAGCCCGACCUGCCUGCUGCUGCUGCUGACCCCCAGCAGCAGCAGCAGCAGCAGCAGCAGCAAAGACGCUGCAGCAUGGCCGCAGAAGAAGCCCCUGAAGUGCCCAGCCACCUCAGCCAAUCUAUAGACUGGAUUGUGGAAGUGGGGCUUAAUGCUGAGGCUCGUGCUGCUGCUGCUGCUGCGCUGCAGCGGCGGGAGCAGCAGAAGCGGCGGUCGCUGCAGCAGAAGCAGCUACCGCAGCCGCGGCUGAAGCCGAAGCAGCAGCAGCAGCAGCAGGGGAAAAGGCACAGCAGCUCCCCGUCGAGAGGCAGCAGCAUUGCAACUUGCUGCGACUCUUCUUUUGCUGCAGAAGAAACUGUAGAAGCACCAGCAGCAAGCAGCAGGGCCCUGGAGCAGCAGGCGCUGCAGCAGUCGCUGCUGUCAGUUUCUUUAAAAGCUAAGAACAGCAGCAGCAGCAGCAGCAGCAAACAAAAACUGAGAUGCCCCUCAGCAGCAAAACGCAGCCACGGGAGACGCAGGAGCAGCACGCACAAGGACUGCGUCCUCCAGGACUGCCCGCUGCACUGCAGCAGCAGCAGCAGUAGCAGCAGCAGCGGCUGCUGCAGCUGCAGCCAUGACGAAGAGCUGCUCUCAGACAGCAGCAGCAGCAGCAGCAGCAGCAGCAGCAGCUACUUGGCCAGCCGGCUGCAGACGCUGCGGAGACUGCGUGCUGCAGCAGCAGCAGCAAAAAGGAGACAGUUGCUGCUGGCAAGAAGAAAAGCAGCAGCAGCAAAAAGAGAAGAACUCUGCUACGGAGAAAUAAACUUUGAUGUGGCAAUCUAG